UUUUACUAGUUCCAAGAAUCCAAGAAUCAGAACAAAUAUUAUUAAACCGUAACUGGAACUAAAUGAAAAUAUUCUUUAAAUCCGGAUUCCUAUUUUCAUUGGUCAAGAAAAAAAAAUGAAACCCAAACAGAUAUUCAAUCUUCUAUCUUGUUAAACCAUAACUGGAACCGACCUAAACCAUCUUUUCGGCCCGGAUUCCUAGAUGUAAAUGAGUGGCAAUCAAUCAUAAGUAGGCAGGGAAUAGUAAUAAAUAAUGAAACAAUACGCAUGGUUUGAAUCAAAAUAGAUAGAUUGCGUAGGAAACGUACUCAUCUGCCUGCAAUUAUAGAUAAGAUCAACGUACAUAUGGUUUAUUAUUCUCCAUUUAUUGUUCUCUAUAACUCCGUACUAUCUUUACGUAAAGCUAUUACAUGUCUGUUUCUCUGCCAAUUGGAUGAUAACGGAUCAAUAGCUUCUCGAGUUUAGACAUAUCACUUGAGUACAUGCGCACCUAAGAAUAAUAGCGUUAUCUAUCUCUAUUCGACAUACAACGUAUCUAAUCGUACAAGCAAAAAAGUUUUCGAGGACGAAAGGAUGAAGAUCGUAAGCAUUAUUUCGUAUUUUUUCACCGUCAUAGGCGUCGUUCGAUCGAAUUAUCAAGAAGGCUACAUCGACCGGACGAUUCAAGAAAUUUUACAAUCGGUUGAACCUCACGAUGUAAUUAUCAGACUUCAAAAAUACGAUAUUUACGAUGGAGCACGUCGUCUGCUUGACAUUGUCGCCCGAAAUGUGGCGACCACGUGGCCGUCACAGAUCCUUGUCUCCGGAGGGAUAAUGGGAUUCGGCUUCCAACCGGGAGACUUGGCUUCCUCCCGCACCUUCCUGAUUUACAUUUAUGCGACGAACGACAUGAUCAACGUCGCAGAAUUGAACGACAUGCUGAACGACGUAAACUCGAUAUCUCAUCCCAAGCAUACGCCGAAACUCCUAUUGAUAAUCGACUCGAAUACAGGUAUAUUGGACGCACGAAGUCAACUCGAGUACUUGUGGGAGCAAAAGAUUUUCGACGUGAUUAUCCUGGAGGUGUCUUUUCAUCCGCGAUCCUCGAAGCCGGUUCUCGUGGCUAUACACCGUUUCAACGGGUUCAAUGAAGAUUACUCGAGAGUGGGCAUUCGUGAGUUGACAUACGACAACGGCACGGACUGGUACCCGAACAAGUCACAGAAUAUGUACGGCAAUGCCUUUAGAGUGACGUUCGAGGACGUGCCUCCUUACGGCACCUUCGCGAACGGCACGGCAGGCGGUCUGGCAAAGCUGUUCUCCAUCGCACUGUCGGCUGCCGUGAACGGCACGGUGUUGCACACGAGCAAUUUGCAAGAAACCGACGUGAGAUACAACGCUGAGGGGCUCGUAUACGAAGAAUGGUACAACACGCAGCACGAGCACACCAUCCCUGUCGAUGACGACAGGGUCUGCGCGCUCGUCCCGGCAGUGAUGCCGGCAGCGAAAGUCCUGGUCGACUUCUGGCAAAUCAUCAUCACGAUCGUGUUCGGCUUCCUGCUGACGGCGGUGGUGUGGUGCGUGUCGCUGAUCGUGAGAGUGAACGAGCGAAUCCGCAAUCCUCUGAACACCAUCCGUCUCCUCCUCGGUAUGACGCCGCUUUAUGGACCCCACAGUCUCGUGGAGAAGAUCCUGUUCGUCGCCGUGCUGAUAACCGCGACGGAGUACAUGAUUAUUUUUCAGGCGGAAUUACUCGAGUUCGUGGUGGAGUUUACGGUCAACACGCGCGUGUCCACCUUCCAGGAUCUGUACAACACAGGACUGAAGGUGGUGGUCUCACCGGUUAUGCACGAUGAACUCGCGACUAUCGAGGAACUGUCUCCCGAACUCGCGAAGAGAUUUGUGAGCACGGUCGACUACGAAUUUCAAAAAUUCGGUUUCAUGGCCAAAUACAUUGACGAAUUCUGGAAAGAUGAAAGAAAUGAACGCAAGAAUGAAUUGACACUUAGUGAUCACUCUAUGUACGUCGCUUUUUUCGUUGUUAUCGUGGGUCACAUUAUAUCGUUUAUUGUAUUUCUGGGAGAGUUAAUAGUAGAUCAAUUUUUUAAAUGGAAAUAUUAUCUCAUGAAGGCCGUAAGAGCUGUGUGA